AUGCUAGGNCUCUCACCCAACCAAAUUCAAAAGCUUCUCAACCAAUACCUUGUCGCUGACUACGAACAACCCAUCAACGGCGAAAUCAUGAAGGCCGUUGCUUCCCGUGUCACCGAUCCCAAGACCGACGUCCUCCUUCUACCCGCCGUUGACAUGGACGACAGCGGCCCCUACGAAAUCGCCGAGCCCCGUGUCAUUACAGCACUCGAGACAUACACACCCUCAUGGCUGCAGACACCGCGACUAAAGCGACUAGCAGAGAUUGUGUCCGCUCAAGCGGUCAUGCAACAACAGCUUGACGCUGGCGGCGCCAUGGCCAAGGAAGCAUACGAAGGAGGCGAGGAUGGCGAAGGAGGUGAUAUGGGUGAUUGGAGUCAAUUGAACGGGCAAAACGGACUUCACCAACAUCAUAGCAACGAGCAAGAAGCUGGGAUCUAG